AUGUCGCCCACAAUCAAGUGCUUCGAACACCCCAUGAAACUGCGAGAAAUAAAGUGCCAACGCAUCUUAACAUCCACCAAAGUUGCUGAAGAUGAUUCCCUGGGUUUCGAAUUGUUCGUUAGCAAAAUUCCACACGAUGUGGACGAAGACGAGCUGAUCCCGUUCUUUGAAAAAAUUGGACCCUUGCAUACUUUUCGACUAAUGAUGAAGUCCAAUCAGUGUAGUAACAGGGGACACGCUUAUGUCACCUACAUCUACGAACGAGAUGCCAAGGAUGCAGUUGCUGUACUGAACGGAAGAGAAAUCAGAAAAGGCCACCCUUUGACCGUAACCCGCUCCUUCAAUAACUGCAGGAUUUUCAUCGGGGGAAUCCCGGUCAACAAGACCAAAGACGAAGUUUGGCACGAGUUGCAAAAGCAAGGGGUACCCAACAUUAUCGAUGUUAUCAUGUAUAGAUCGUACAGCAACAGAAAUUUGAACAGGGGCUUCGUUUUUGUCGAGUUCCCAUCUCAUAAGUUUGCGGCGAAGAUGAGGCUUAAACUGAGGGGGUUGAAGUUGUGGAAUUACGAGGUGGUGGUCGAUUGGUCAGUGCCCCAGCCUGUGGUUUCCGAAGAAGAGAUGUCUAAAGUAAGUAAAAACCAGUUUUGA